UGAUGUAUGCAGCUUGUACAGGGACCUCAGACAAUAUUCAUCACGCGGCGCAGACACUAACGAAAUACACAAUUUGUUGUAAACAGCGAAUAUCCACCGGAGAUUAUUUAUCUGCCAUGACACUGUGCCAGCUACUGGAUUUUCUUAAGCCUCCUCUGCUGUUGAUUUCACUAUGUUUCAUACAAACUACCUUCGAUAAUGCCGGUGUCAUCGUCCUCCUGCUCGGCUCGUCCUUUUAUUUAGUGGAAAGCUGUCCUUCAUCUUGUGUGGUUUGUUCAGAAGAGACGACCAUCUGUCAAGGACUCCCGUACAUAAUAGCACUUCCUAGCAGUACCAAGGUUCUGGUGAUCACAGAAGGAGAUAUAUCAUUAAUCGGACUCAACAACUUUUCUCAUCUCUUUGACCUCAGCCUACUCCGAUUGAGUGGAAACAAAAUCAAGAAGAUCCAAAAUGGAGCGUUCACCAACCUCACCAAACUACGGACCUUAGUCUUGGAUUAUAACCAGAUAUCAUCCACAUCCAUCACUAAUGGAACCUUCUUUCCCCUCCAGAAUCUCGAAACUCUGCAGCUGAACAGAAAUGACUUUGGUAGCAUCGACAAGACUUGGUUUGGGAACACAGAACGUCUUAUCAGACUGGAGAUAAACAGGAACCAGAUCACAAGCUUGACACGGAACAGUUUGGGAUCCAAUGCUCUCCACAAACUCCAGCACUUGGACCUGUCCAGCAACUUUAUUAGUUUUAUUCAAGAAAGGACCUUCGAAAGUCUUCGACAACUCAAGGAACUGGACCUGUCCAAGAACAGACUGACAAAACUUCCCGACGUCUUCUCUUUUUUGCCCCAUCUCACCCUCUUGAAUAUAGGCCAUAACGAAUGGAACUGUAGCUGUGGCCUGCACCAGUUGGCCGAUUUUCUAAGGAAUUAUACAUAUUCUACAAAACGAAAAUUGAUACGUAGAAGUCAUCUUUUAUGUAGUUAUUCCAGCAACCCAGCGGUGAUAUCUCUGCUGCAGCUGACAGACAGGAACUGUGGAUCCAGAUCUUAUAACAUCACAGUCAUAACAAGGGAGAAGACACGAGGGUCUACCAGAGAAGGUCUUCUUAUAGCCAUCUUGGUCAUCACAGGAUUCAUCGCCCUCUCUUUUCUAAUCAUCCUUAUUGCGAAAUGUACUGUAAAGCCAAAGAAGCCAAAUGAACGGGGUCCGACAAGGUGCUCAUGCGGAGAAGCCCAGCAGUUCCCGAGACUACGGGUCCCAGUCCAUAAAAUCGAUUUGACCCAAGAAGGCCUCGGUGAUGUCAUGUCCUCUGUGCAUUCUCCCAGGAUCGAUAAGCCUUGCCUUAAGAAACACACCGGUUCGCUACCUCUGGGAUGUAAUGUGCCGGAAUCAGUCAAGUCUUUGAGAGGCAGCAGUACACAAAGCCUACCGGGAAGGUACUACAUCUGUUUGGGCUGUCGGCUGGUGCAGUGGCGCCCCCCCUCCCCUACAGCCAUGUUUGACACUAAUGAAGUAGGCUGCAUUUCAAACAGCAUUCAAAGGAUUCCUGAUAAUCCGAAAGACUUUGUGCAUGCUGCUCCGUGGGAAGGUGCGAACACAACUGUCUUACAGGAAUUGUCAAGAUUUAAUAAAGGUGAGACAAGUAUAAGAAGACCCUUUCUCCCUAAAGAUGACAUGAUGAGAAUCAAACCUGACAACAUUCCCAAACCGGAUAUGUACUACAACUUACCAGAGAAAUCACACAUAAAUAUGGGUCCAUACAAGCAAAAUGCUGAUGUCAUGAGUCGUUUAACAACAAAGGGAUCGGUGGAAAUGAAGAUGCAUGCCGCAAGACCGCCACUGUGCGCCCAUCGAUCACAAAGAGGUGGCCCCAGUGUUCUUCUGAGUGAGAGAAAAGAUAUUUCUUCACAGACAGACAAUGACCUUAUCUGUAAAUACAUGGAAAGUGAUAAAUUAGAGGAACCCAGAAGACAAAUAACUGAACCGGAGACACAAAAUGUAAAAUUUGAGGAACAGAAAAUUCAAACUCAUGUCACUGAAGAAAAUUGUUUUUUGAAUAAUGACAGCAUGCUGCUGUCAGCCAGGAUAAGAAAAGUGAAUAUUCCAAAGAGUGUUGGUUUUUAUAUACCACACAUUCAGCACAAGUCAGACAUGGCGGUAAACACACCUCAAUCACGGCAAGAACAGCUCUGCCGCCCGCACCUUGGGAGCAAGUAUCUACUGACUAUAAAUAACAAAGACUAUGAAGCUAGACAGGCAAGCUACACCAGCACCCUGGUGGAUACUUUGAAGGAUGUUUACAUCAAUGGCAACAUGAUGUACACAAGAAGAGUACAAGACUACUUAAGGGUGAAAGUUAACCUGCAGCCAUUUCGGAAAGUCAGGGUCCAUCCGCAGAAAAAUAUGGAGGCCACCAAAAGAGGCCAAAGUCCUAAACGUCUUAGACCGCAGUCACCAAGAAAGAAAUUAAGAUCAUGCAAUUCAUCCUUGUCUUCUGGUGAGACAAAGGUAAAAAAACAAAUGGAAACAGUAGAGAGUAAACCAUCUCCUGUUGACCAUCCAUCGAUGCUGGGCAUUGACUCGAAAGACUGUUCAAGUUCAAAAGCUAAAGAUGUUCAUGAUAAAAAAUCUAUGGGAAAAAGUGAUAAUGGAAAUGAUAUAUCUGGUAAAGCAGCAAUGACACCAUUUAAAGAAAGAGGUGAUACUAUAGAAGGUCUUCCCAGUGGGACAGUAGAAGACUCGUUGCCAAAUGUUCUUGAAGAUCAAGGUUCAAAAACAGCCUUCAACUCUUUAAAAUCUGAAAGAACCCUUUCAUUAGAGCAAAGUCAAAAUCCCAGCCAGCUUAAAGAUCCAGAGAUACACGGAGAAAGCGAGGAGUUAACAGAGAGUAAGCUGCAGACACAGUUGGAAAGCCAAGAUAACGCCAGAGCUCUCUGUGGAAAUGUGCUUGAUCCAACACCGUCAAAUGUCACCGGUAUUUCUGAAGGAACAGACUCUACGGCAUGUGGAAAUAACAUUAACUGUGAAAUAGAUAUUGCUGGUUCAUCAUUGCCAGGUAAUAAGGUCAAUGGCCAUUUAGAGGGCUAUAGAAAAGAUGAUAUUGCUGAAGCGGGUCAUUUGCCCAGACCUGAUAAUUCAAUUAAAAACACCACAAUCAAUGAAGACACGGACAGAGAGAUGAAGGGGGCCAAUGACAGCUCUCCUGAUGAUUCCAAGGCAGACGAAACAGGGCAUCUCGAAGGAUGUGAAAAGGAAGAUGUACACUCAGACAGAAAUGCGAAGGUUACGGAUCAUGAGGACCAUGGAAAAAUAUUUUCUGCUUCUAGUUUACAAAGCACCCCUGGAAGGGAUGAUCCACCAUUGAGCACGGUCAUUGACCUUCAGCGUAACAUUAAUCAGCAGGUGGAAGAGACAGGAAUCCAGGAUCAUAAACUUGAUGAAAUAAAUGUCACUCAACAAAGUGUUGAGACAGAACCAGACCUGCCCCUCAAGUCACAUCAGUCACGAGAAACUGGGUCUUCUAUAAAGAAUGAGGUUCCUUUAAUGCCAAGGCAAAAUAAUGAGGCUCCAGAGGGGCCGGCGGCUCAUACAUCAGUAUUACCCGCACAACAAAAUAAUGCAAACAACAAUCACUCCAAAGCAUCUGCGAAGAGCGGGCGGAAACAUCUCAGUCUGUCAGACAGCUCCAAAGUCAUCAUUGUUGUAGAAAGUCUAAAUGAAACAAUCAACAUACAAAAAUAUCUGAGCGAACGCAGAGCAAGACACCACACCUGGCAGACGACAAAUUAUCCCGGUACCGAAAAUGACAGCGCGUCAGGAGAUGGCAGCCAGAAGAAGAAGAUCUGCCUCAUCCUCCCAGAGAAAUCUGGAGUCCGAGACCCAAAAUUAUCCAGCAAGAAAAUCAAAUGACUUUUCUGUUCAAAAUUGUUAAAGAACAAUUGUGCCCAAUAUUUAAACUCAUCCCCUAUAAGUACAUGUCAUUUCUGCUGUCAUGUUGCAAAGAAUGAUGUCCAGCUGUUUUUA